UUACAUCAAUAUUUACCUAUCACUACUGCAAGAAGGACCAAGAUUGUUGCAGUGACGGCUGUAUGCCCGCCGGAAGCGUUUGUUGUUAUAACAGUUAUUGUGCAAGUAAUCAUACAUGUUGUUCAUUUGUCGGCUGCUGUCCGUCUGGAACAUUCUGUAGUGGGUUUCGAUGUAUUCUCGACAUUUUUUCAACACAGAAACCUACAACGGCUACACCCCAACCAACACCACCAAUAAGAACUACUGCAAGACCGAGAACUACCUCAAAACCAAGGACUACCUCAAAACCAAGGACUUCAUUAAAACCAACACAAUUCUGGACGACAUCAAAGCCAAUAACACGUAAUCCUACAAGACGACCAGAUAGUUACACAAAAACAACAUCAUCACCUAGUACCAGCACGAUACAAAUAGCAUCAAUUGUGGGCAGUGUGAUUUUUGUGCUUGUCGUCGGUGUUGUCAUUGCAUGCCUUAUCCGAAGAAGUCAACAUAACAAAUCAAACGUGCAAUCUCCGACUGGUAGAAAUGGAAUGGUAGUGAACGCCCCUGCCCAAAUGUAUGGACAAGUCAGUGGAAACAAUGGGGCAAUUUACAGUGUUCCAGUACAGACAAACAGACUACCACAACAACCUAAUGUGGCUUAUAUUGCAACAAAGCCGGUUAUUACAAAACCAGUGGCACAAUAUCCGACAAAAGCUAAAGACAAGAAGAUGCAAUUAUUUUCGUUGUAGACGAACACAAUACUCAGAUUUAGAUAGAGUCGUUCGUUGAUUUGUGAACUGUGAUACAAUUUGUUAACCAAAUGGACAGUGUUGUUAUCAAUCGCAAUUCUUAUGUAACUUAACGCCUAUAUUUGGUUGGUUUUACAACCUUUUACACACUUCCAUUCGCUUUCAUCAUAGUGUUAACCUGCAAAUAAAUGAGCAGAUAUAAGUGUGUAGAUCUAGGCUGCAUUUAUAUUUUAAAUAUAUCAUAUUCGGCUUACAUUAUACCUUUUGUCAAGUUUUUCUAUUGCCUAGUGCGUAUGGUUGCUGACUCUGAGUCAAUCUUGGAUCGCAAGGUUCUUGUGAGUUUAUUCAUAUCAGUAUUUAAUUUAAUAUUUAUUCUAGCUCACUCAGGUAUCCGCUCGUGUCUUAAAUAUUAAACUGUUUCUUUAUUGUU